AUGGUUAGCGCCUGCUGCGUCCUAAGCACCGCCGUCAUCGCGGCUUUACAGCAACUGGGAAACGGGGCUAUGGCUGGACAAGAACAGAAGCCACUCACCCUGGGGCCCAUUGGCGAUAAAGGCUCAAAAGCGCAUUCUCCCUUUUCUCAAGACUUCAAUGCCCUUGCAAGGGACAUCUUGGAGCAAUGGAAAGUGCCAGGCAUGUCUAUCGCCGUCGUCGACGGUCAUGACGUCUUUGCCAAGGGCUUUGGACUGGCUACUCUUCCGGAUACGCCAGCGACGCCAGAAACGCUCUACUACGUUGGAUCAACAACUAAGGCUCAAACUGCUGUCGUCCUUGCACAGCUCAUCGACUCUAAGGCCUACCCGGCAUUAUCUCGCGGCUGGUCUACGCCAAUCUCGUCGAUUCUUCGCGAUGAUUUUGUUCUACAGGACGAAUGGGCAACUAACCACGUUACCCUUGACGACGCCGCUAGCCACCGGACCGGCAUAGCUGGCCAUGAUAACUCAUGGCAUCACGAAAUCAACGGCACGCAGGCUACUCUCCAAGAUGUCCCCAAGGACACUAUGCAGGCUUGA